UCGGACCCGAUUAAAUCGGCCCGGCUUCGCGAUUCGACGCCAUGGAUGGCCUGAACUUGAUCGGCAGCAAGAUACUGGCCAGCAACGACGCCCUCAGCUUUUACACCGAGCGGGCACGCAUCGAUGACCGUUACGUGCGCUGGGCCGCGCCGGGGAAUGAGCCCUUCCUGCAGCGCUUGACGCGACGAGGCUCCAGGUACGUGGCGCGGGGCUUUCCGCACUCGAAGCACAACAAGUCCGAGGAGAUGUGGUCCACCUUCCGCGAGGGCCACGCGAGCUGCCAGUGGCAAGGAACCACCCGGGUCACCAUGGAGGAGGGGUUUCAGCCCCUGGUGCCGGACGCCGAGCGCAAGGCACCGAAGCCAGCCACGCCCAGAAAAGCUCGGAUAGACCUUGCGGCUCCCUCGUGCAUAACGACCUCUUCGAGAGGCAGCACGCGGGCAAGUCCUGCCGAAAGUGCAGCAGGAGAAGGAGACGUGGCAUCUGACCUCGCGCCCAGUGCCAAGUCGGGGUCCAGUCUCUCCCAGUGCACUUACGUACGUCGACUCGAAACUCUGCGCCGAGUGUCCGAGCGGCCGCCAGUGGCUGGACCGGUGAAAAGCCUGGAGUGGGACAUGUUCACAGCCCAGCGGCGUGGGACCUUCGAGGGGGAGCCCACAGGUCAGCGGGCGAUACACCCCACCAUCAUCCCAGGAGCCAAGCCGGAGAGGCGAAAGCGGAAAGAAGACAGCGAGCAGUGACUCACUUGGUGUCCUUUUUGGUUGUUUUGCUAGA